UACAAUGGCUAACAAACUCAAUACUGAUACCAAAGAUAGUCUAUCGAAAGAAAUGAAAAGAAUUCAGCAACGAUGUAUAGACACACGGAAUAUAAUUGAAAACACAUUAGAUAUUUCUUUACAUCAAGAUAACGUAGCAAAUAGUGCUUUGUCGUACGUCGAAGGUCUCCGAAAUGAAAUUGUCAACUCCAACACAGUGAUAAGUACAGAUGACAAUUUAAUUACAAGUCAGUUUUUAGCAGAAAUGAAAAUAAAAACAGAACAGGUGGAUGAACUGAUUGCGUUUACUAAGGGUAAUAUCUUCGAUACAGAUCGCGAGAUUGAAAGAUUACAAAGCAUAACAAAAACAGCAAAAGAAGCUCUCUCUAGGCCAAGAGUGGUUCAUCGAGAUGUGAGACCAGAACAUUUGCAGAAAGCUAAGGAAACUUUUCAAAUAUUAAAGAAUGAACUACAAGGUCUUAUACAGUCUUUAUUCCCGCAACUAAGUGAUGACAUUGUUGAUGUUAUGGGGCAACUGAUGCAGGAGAAACUAAAUGAAGAAUCUAAUGGAUAUAUUGAAAUAACUAAUGAAAAUUACAGGAUAGUCGAACUCUUGAGCGAUAUGAACAUAGUGACGGCAAACCCUUAUAAUAAUAUGGAAGUGAAACUUGCUUUCUGAUAAUCUAAAAAUAUUUUGGGUAUCUUGAUAUAAGUAUUUGUGAAUCGUAAGUCUACAUUUUUCAGUUUUGCAGUCUUAUCACAACUUAUUGUAUCAAUAGUCUAAAAUAGCAUUUAUUAAAAUUGAUAAGUAAAUAACAAGCUUUAAAAUUCAUUGAUAGCUGUUUUGUAAGACGAUUUAAUCAGGAGAUUUAUUUGUAAUUAAGUACUUUAAUAAAAACUUUUGGUAUAA